AUGUUUCCAAAAGCGGGAUUUGCAACUGUCAAAGGGGACGAUGCAUUUGACGAAGAGGACAACAUUCCUUUAAAUGUCCCUACGGAAAAUCCUAGUUUAGAGAUGCAGGGAAUAAUCCAGGAAUUUACAAACAACAAGGACAGACAGGACUCCACUCAAGCCGAAGAGGAAGAAGAUGAAGGCCAAGACAUUUUGUGUUUAUCUAUAAAUAAUAUGAGUGAAGUAUGUGAAAAAUUAAGAGACAUUCAGAAUAUUUUGGUGAUUCAAAACAAAGACGAACUAGCGGUUGUUAUUGCCCAUACUUUGAUGAAAUUUGAAAGCAGUUACAAUGGAUUCCUUCCACAGGGAGACCGCGGCAGAAGACGUAGCAAAUUCGUCUUGUACAAGCGACCGGCUGCCACGGGCGUCAAGAAAUCCAGGCACUAUGUCGUCAAAACACCUCAUUCGUCCCAAGCGAUAUUGGACACGAUGCAACACUCAAUAUCGUACACGCUCAGUAGGAAUCACGCAGUAAUCGUCGAGUACACUAAUGAUGAGGAGACUGAUAUGUUUCAGAUUGGUCGAUCGUCGGAAUCGCCAAUAGACUUUGUAGUAAUGGACACAAUACCCGGAGACAAAAACGGAGAGGUCAAAGUGAACCAAAGCACCAUAUCCAGAUUUGCCUGUCGAAUAUUGUGCGGUGAAAGAAACAACCCAAAGUGGGCUUUUGAUUACCAUUGCCUUUAUCUUAAUUAUUGUAUCGUGUGUACCGGUUUGCGACAAUCCAAUUUUUUCUUUCUCCGAACUGGAGUAGAUAUGUGUGUUCAAUUUCUUUUUAUGGUGCAGGAAAAAGCGUGUAAAUGGCAGGAGAACGGCCGAGAAAUCGACGGCCAGACGACGAACGGGGUGUUAAUAAUGCACCCGAGCGGCGGUUUCUGUGGGGGAGAGGCCAAGUGCGGAGUGUGGCUGGAAACGUCGGUGGGGGGUGGCAUUUUCACCAAGCGAGAAUCCAGAUCGGCUCAACAAAGGGGACAAAUGGUCGAAGAUGUAACAAAUGUAUUACAGGAUGGUACUUUAAUAGAUCUAUGUGGGGCAACACUCUUAUGGAGAUCUGCUGAAGGUUUAGAAAAAACACCUAGCAAACACGAUUUAGAAAAAGUAAUAGACGAAAUAAACGCGGGCAGACCGCAAUGUCCGGUGGGACUGAAUACCCUCGUCAUACCAAGAAGGGUGUCGCCCAACGAGAACCAGCAACAACCGUACGUUUACCUAAACUGCGGACACGUGCAGGGAUUGCACGAUUGGGGCCAAGAUAAGGAUUCGGGCGCGAGAAAGUGCCCUAUAUGUUUAGAGCAGGGACCAGUUGUUAAAGUUUGUAUGGGAUUGGAACCGGCAUUCUAUGUAGACUCAGGAUUACCAACUUUUGCUUUCAACCCUUGUGGCCACAUGGCUACAGAGAAAACAGUAAAAUACUGGGCUAAUGUCGUAAUUCCUCAUGGCACAAACGGAUUCCAGUCAGUUUGUCCGUUUUGUGCUUGUCCACUUUCAGGAUCCCCUGGAUAUAUCAGACUAAUAUUUCAGGAUAACGUCGAUUAAUUUCGAUACACGUAUUUUUAAGUUUAGGGAACUUUUUUGUUAUAAAUACGUUCUUAAUUAUGAAAUAUCUACUGGCUGAAUACAUUAUUCGCAAAUACGUUCUUUUUUAAACGU